AUGCUCUACGACCUCAACAUUGCCUGGUCACCGACGACCUCAGCCUCAGAGCUGGAACGUACGCUCAAGUUCGCCAAAAACUUAGGUUACGAUGUCGUCGCUCUGAACCAGACCAUAACGGGCAACAUCCCAACACAACCGCACCCGAUCAGCAACCCUAUCCCGCAACUCACACAUCCACACCCAUCAUUCCCCGCCGUCCCUCCCUCCUCCUCCUCCCCCCUCCCCACCGUCCUCCGCCGCGUAACCCUAACCGUCACCGACCCCUCGACAACCAACUACCGCCUCGUCGACUUCGCCCGUUCCUAUGACCUGCUGGCCCUUCGCCCGACAAACGACAAGGCCUUCAGCUGGGCAUGCCUGAGCACCACGGAGCCGCCAGCCAUCAUCAGCCUUGACCUGACCCAGUUCCUGGGCUUCCACAUCCACCACCGCACCGCCAUGGCGGCCGUGCACCGCGGCACGCGCUUCGAGAUCUGCUACAGCCAGGCGUUUUUGUCAGGUAACACUGUGGACGCCCAGCGGGCGAGGAGCAAUUUCAUCGGCAAUGUUCUGGGCUUGCUUCGGGCGACCAAGGGUCGCGGGAUAAUUGUUUCGAGCGAGGCCAAGAGCGCAUUGGGGCUCAGGGGCCCCGCAGACGUGGUCAACCUGUUGGCUGUGUGGGGGUUGGGACCGGAGAAGGGGACGGAGGCGCUGGGGACGGGACCGAGGGCGGUGGUGGUCAAUGAGGGUGUUAAGAGGAGGGGUUUCAGAGGCGUGGUGGAUAUCGUGCAGACUGCUCCUGGGGGUAAAGUGAGGAGCGAGGAGGAGGAAGGGGGAGCGGAGGGGGAUGCGAAGUUGAGCAAGAAGCAGAGAAAGUUGCAGCAGAAACAACAGCAAGGGCAGAAACAAAAGCAGCAGCAACAGGGGCAGAAGCAGGGAGGGCAGCAAGGCCAAGGCCAAAAGCGCAAGAAUGGAGAGAGUGGUGGUGGGCAGCAAAAGAAACAGGCGAAGUAG